AUGGGUGGCAAUGGAUAUGGUAUGGGCGGUAGAGGUGGCAACGGAAUGGGAACCAAUGGGAAUGGAAUGGGUGGUAGAGGUGGAUACGGAAUGGGACCCAAUGGAAAUGGCAAUGGAUACGGUAUGGCUGGUAGAGGUGGUAACGGCAUGGGCGCCAAUGGAAAUGCAAAUGGAAUGGGAGGGAAUGCAAUGGGUGGAAAUGGAAUGGGUAUGGGAAGGAACGGCAAUGGUAUGGGUGGUUAUGGAAUGGGAGGCAAUGGAAAUGGUAUGGGUGGAAUGGGAAUGGGUAGAAACGGUUACGGUAUGGGUGGUAAUGGAAUGGGAGGUUAUGGAAUGGGUAUGGGAAUGGGUAUGGGUGGAAGGGGUGGCAAUAUGAAUGGAGGAAUAGGCAUGGGCUCUGGUGGAAUGAAUCCAUGGGUUUAUACCAUGUGUGGACCUGGAUAUCCAUCAAUUAAUGGUAAUAAUGGUAAUGGAAUAAAUAUGACUGGAAUAAAUGGAAACGGUGUAAAUACAAACGAAACGCUUGAAAAUACAAGUACAUCCAAUCGCAAUAAAAGGAAUGUACAUGGAUUUAACAAUCGACGAGAGGCUGGCCAACAAAACCAGCAGGGUGGGGGAAUGGGCGGCUAUGGAAUGGGUGGUAAUGGCAUGCGUGGAAUGGGCUAUGGUAGAAUGUGUGGACCUGUAAUGGUUCACGGGCACUUUGGUAUAGGAAUGGGCGGAGGCAGGGGAAUGGGCAAUGGACAGUGGAGCAACAGUAACUCUGGUGCCUACAUGACUCAAGUGUCGUUUAAUCAAAGCUCAGAUGGUACCUCUGUGGAUACUACCUCAAGCAGACCAAAACGCCGCAGAAACGAAACGGAAUGGUGA